AUGCAGUUUGUGGGCUCGGAAUCUGAUUCAAACAGUUUGAUCACUGUGAUUUCUUCAUGUCCACAGUCAGUAGCCUUACUUGUAGGUCAGUCCAUCCAUUGUCACAUAAUCAAAGUUGUCGUUGAUGAAGAUGUUUCAGUUAUGAAUUCACUUGUGGGUAUGUAUGGAAGAUGUGGAAACCUAGAUCUUGCACAGAGGAUAUUCUAUAGGAUGCAUAGAGACACUGUGACAUGGAAUUCUUUGAUCUCAGCUUACACUCACAGCGGGCAUUCUAGUGAAGCUUUAUCACUCUUUGAUCAAAUGCUUUUGGAAGAUGUGGAACCUAACUCGGCGACUUUAGUGAGCGCUCAUUCAGCUUGCUCUAAUCAGGCAGCUCUAAACCAUGGAAAAUGGAUACAUAAUUAUGUCACAGAAAUUGGAAUGGAAUUUGAUGUAUCUCUUGCCACCGCAUUAGUUUAUAUGUAUGCAAAAUGUGGCCCGCUUGAAAUAUCGAGGGAGAUCUUUAAUGCCAUGCCCAAAAGAGAUGUCAUCUCAGUCUUUGGAUAUGGAAUUCAUGGAAAUGUCAGAGAUGCUCUGGAGAUUUUCCAACAAAUGGAGAACUCGGGCAUGAAACCAAAUGAGGUCCCUCAUGCGGGCCUGAUCGUAGAAGGAACAAACAUGUUUGGUAGAAUGAUAGACUAUUCCAUUACUCCCACAUUGAAGCACUAUGCCUGUAUGGUGGACCUCCUUGGCCGGUCUGGGAAUCCCCACAAAGCCGAAGCUAUGAUUAGCACGAUGCCAAUUGCUCCUGAUGGAGGUGUUUGGGGAGCCUUGCUCAGCGCUUGCAGCAUUCACGAUGAAGUGGAGAUGGGGGAGCGAAUCGCGAAACCAGCUCUUGAGACAGACCCAGAAAACGAUGGGCAUUAUAUAUUGAUAUCUAACAUGUAUAGUUCUGUUGGUAGGUGGGAAGAGGCAGAGAGGGUGAGGAGAAUGAUGAAGAGAAGGGGAGUGAGAAAGAGAGCUGGUUGGAGUGCAAUAGAGGUUGGUGAGGAAGUUCAUGUAUUCAUGGUGGGAGAUAGGUCCCAUCCACUAUCUGUAGAAAUGUAUGAAAUGUUAGAAGCUUUGUCCAGGCAAAUGGAGGAAUUGGGUUAUGCUAUUGAAAGCGGUUUUGGGGUCUGCCACGUGGAAUAG